CAACACACACAAACACACAGAGUGCACCAAGAGUUCAAGAGCACCCGUGCGCGUUUGACUACAAUUAAGGGGAGUGGAAAGACUUUAGGGAAGUAUUCAGUUUAUCCAUCAACUUUUCUUUUGGAAGGGACGAGUUUCCGCGAGUGUCUAUAGCUACUUUUGGUUCCUUUUCUCUGUGCGUCAGGCAAUUAAGGAGAGUGACGCUGCUGUCCACCGCGAGGGCAUGUGUUGCAUAUGAGAGGAGACGGAGUUGAAUGCGCAGGGUUGCAGAAAAGGACAGAGUGAAAACGGAACAAGACCACUCCACACACCAUGAAGAAAAGGGACUCUGGUAAUCAGAGUCUGAAUGAUGUAGGGGCUCUGCUCUGCAUGUCUGGCAGUAAUUAUGGCAGCAAAGGGAAGAGGAUUAAGGUACUAUCCCAUCCAGGGGUCCCAUUAGUGGGAUUGAUGUUGUUGGCCAUCCUCCCUUUUGGAGCAAGCAUCAAACAAACUGUCCCCAGGGUCAAACUCAGCCACAGAGAACUGCUGCAAGCUGGCAGUGUAUCUCUGUUUCUGGGCCCCUCUGAUGGCCUCCACUCCCACUCGCUGCUGCUGGAUGAAGAGAGAGGUCGUCUUCUGUUGGGAGCCAGAGAUCACAUCUACCUGCUGGAUCCUGACAAUCUGGCAAGAGCCCCCAGAAAGAUUUACUGGCCUGCUCCCCGGGACCGGGUCGACAUGUGCAAGCUGGCAGGCAAAAAUGUCAAUCUGGAGUGUGCUAACUUUGUCAGGGUCCUCCACAACUACAAUCGAACACAUGUCUAUGCCUGCGGGACAGGAUCCUUCCACCCCAACUGUGCCUUCAUUGAAAUCACUGGCCGCAGAGAGGAUGGCGUGUUCCAACUGCUGUCUAGUACAGUGGAGUCUGGCAGAUUGAAGUGUCCUUUUGAUCCCUUGCAGCCAUUCACCUCAGUCCUCACAGAUCAGUACCUGUACGCGGGCACAUCAUCAGACUUCCUGGGCAAAGACACAACGUUCACACGCUCCCUUGGCCCUCCACCUGACCAGCACUAUAUACGCACAGACAUGUCUGAAGAAUACUGGAUCAAUGAGGCCAGGUUUAUAUCCGCUCAUCCCAUUGCAGACACCUACAACCCAGAUGAUGAUAAGAUAUACUUUUUCUUCCGCGAAGUGUCGUGGGAAGGCAACGACAAGAGCAUCCUGUCCCGGGUGGCUCGUGUGUGCAAGAAUGAUGUGGGUGGGCUGAGAAGUCUGACCAAUAAAUGGACCACCUUCCUCAAAACCAGACUUGUGUGCUCUAUCCCCGGACCAGAUGGAGUGGACACACACUUUGAUGAGCUCCAGGACAUUUUUCUGCUCCCUACUAGAGAUGACAAAAACCCCAAAGUGUAUGCAGUGUUCACCACCUCCAGCUCCAUUUUCCGUGGCUCAGCAGUGUGUGUGUACAGCAUGGCAGACAUAAGAGCUGUGUUUAACGGACCUUAUGCUCACAAGGAGGGGCCGGACCACCGAUGGGUGGAAUAUGAAGGGAGAAUACCGUAUCCCCGUCCUGGAACAUGUCCCAGCAAGACAUAUGAUCCAAAGAUCAAGACCACAAAAGACUUCCCAGAUGAGGUGGUCAGCUUCAUUCGAUUCCACCCUCUCAUGUAUCGCUCUGUCUACCCUCUGACUGGCCGCCCUGUGUUCACACGCGUCCGAGUGGACUAUACCCUCACUCAGAUUGUGGUGGACAGAGUUUUGGCAGAGGAUGGACAAUAUGAGGUCAUGUUUCUGGGAACAGAUGCCGGCUCAGUUUUGAAGGUGGUGAGCAUCACUCAAGAGAAUUGGUCAACAGAAGAAGUGGUGCUUGAAGAACUCCAAGUUUUCCAGAUUCCCAUUCCCAUCCUCAGUAUGGAGAUGUCUUCAAAACAGCAACAGCUCUACGUGGCUUCAAGUGAAGGGCUCGCCCAGGUUUCACUCAGUAGAUGUCACCUGUAUGGCCAAGCCUGUGCUGAAUGCUGCCUGGCACGAGACCCCUACUGCGCCUGGGACGGACACACAUGCUCACGUUACAUCCCUGCAUCCAAGAGACGAGCCAGAAGACAAGACAUCAAGCAUGGAGACCCUGCAAGUCAGUGCUGGGACACAGAAGACAGUCUUGUUGGGAGAUGGGCGGAGGAGAGGGUCCUCUAUGGGGUGCAGAGCAACUCCACCUUCCUCGAAUGUAUCCCCAAAUCUCAACAAGCCCAGAUCCGGUGGUUCAUCCAGAGACCUGGAUCUGAACGCAGGGAGGAGGUUAGGCUGGAUGAUCGUGUCGUACACACAGAUCGAGGUCUCCUCAUUCGCUCCCUCCAAACCUCUGAUGCUGGUUUGUAUAUCUGCAUAGCUCAAGAGCGCACGCACUUUACCCACACUCUCCUCCGUCUCACGCUACAACUCGUUACACAAAGACAACUGGAUGGAAAGCCCAAGCCCAGUGCAGACCCAGUGGUGGAGCUACGCCACAGUGUGGAGUCCCACCAGCGUUAUAAAGACUACCUCAGAGUGAUGAGCUCUCCCUUUGGCUCUCUGGAGGAGUACUGUGAUUCACUGUGGCUGGAGAAGAGGUCGUCAAGGAUGCGAGGACGAGGCUUAGGAGCUGGCAAAUGGAAACAUAUACAGGAAAUGAAGAAGAGCAGGAACAGGAGACAACACAAAGAGAGAGGGGAAGAGUGGGAGAAACAGGAGCGAGGGCGGGUGGUAAGGACAGUAAAGCAGUGAGCGAUGAUAAAAACAGUUUUCUUUUUGUUACCUGAAGGCCACCAUAGGUUCUUUACAUGAUUGUAAAGUGAGGGGUGAGAGGAGGGGGUAUUCAGUCAGUUGCAAUCUGCAACAAAAUCACUCAAUGCCACUAAAUCCUACACACUGCUCCUUUAAGUGAUGUCGGGUUGUAAGUAUGUAAUUUCUUUCAUCUGUCUGCAGAUAACAUGAUUAAAAAAACCCACCAGAGACUAAAUAACAAUGAUAAUUGCAAUGUGUAAACCUAUUCAUUCAAUCAAUCGAGAUGAAUUUACCAUAUGAAGGAUUGCAUAACAGUUUCCAUAACAGUUCAGAUUGACAGUUAAUGGAGGUGAUCAUAUGAAUCAUAUGUCUGAAUUGGUAAGAUUGGUAAAAUAUAAUUAUAAUUUUUUGCUUGUUGUGAUGACAAUGCAUUCAUGUUGAAUGACUGUAAAUAUUUAUAUACCAUGUACAGGAGAUGCAGCAUGCUAUGUUUAGUCUUUAGUAUUACUGAUCUGUAUAACUAUAAUGAUAAUCAUGUAUUAUUAUUGUACCUUAUUAUUAUUUUGGUUGACAAAAUGACAUAUUUUUGUACAAAUGUUACACUCUUAUAAACUGUAGGUUCAAUAGAUGUUUUCUUUAUUGCUGUUUUUGAAAGUUAUUUAAAUAAAUUUGUCU